AUGACGAGGUGCAUAGACAAAGAUCUGCUGCAGAAGUUCAACAUGUCAGUCUUGUAUCUGGACCAGGACUUUACUGCUCUGCGGGCAGAGUGUCUGAAACAUAAAAAGCUUUUCUGUGAUCCCAAAUUCCCUGCGGAGCCCACAUCUCUGGGCUACAAGGAUCUGGGGCCCAAUUCUAAAAAUAUCCAGGGGGUGGUGUGGAAGAGACCCGGGGAGAUCUGUUCCAAACCCACAAAGCCACAGUUUGUUGCUGAAGAGGCCACCAGGAACGAUGUUAUGCAGGGAGAACUCGGUGAUUGUUGGCUGAUGGCGGCCAUCGCCUCUCUCACGUUAAACCAAGGCCUACUGAGACGGAUCAUUUUUCCUGAACAGAACUUUACAGACAACUACGCUGGCAUCUUCCACUUUUUGCUAUGGCAGUACGGUAAGUGGGUGCACGUGGUCGUUGAUGACUUGCUGCCCACCAGAGAUGGGAAGCUGCUGUUCGUGCAUUCAGGAAACAAAAGUGAGUUCUGGACUGCUCUGCUGGAGAAAGCGUAUGCCAAGGUGAACGGCAGCUACGAGGCUCUCUCUGGAGGCUGGGCUAACGAAGCCCUGACUGAUUUUACUGGAGGUAUUGGUGAGCGUUAUACCCUGAGUGAAGCACCUUCAGAUCUCUUUACCAUCAUGAAGAAAGCAGUUGGUCGUGGUUACCCACUCAGCACCAGCAUAUCUGGUCAAGGUGCACAGGAUCGAGAAAAGAAAACCAGUGAGUGUCUGGUAAAAACACAUGCGUAUUCCGUCACUGGGAAUGAGGAGGUCCGUGAUGCUGGUGGGAUGCUGCAUAAACUGGUUCGUCUCAGAAAUCCAUGGGGAAUGUUUGAGUGGAAUGGAGCCUGGAGUGAUAAGUCUAAGGAAUGGGAUCAGAUUCUGCCAGAGCAGAAAUCUAAGCUUGCUUAUUCAGCAGAUGAUGGAGAGUUCUGGAUGUCUUACUUGGAUUUUAUUAAGCACUUCUCAUUGCUGCAGAUCUGUAACCUGACUCCAGAUGAUCCCAGUGAAAGUGAAGGACUUUGGAAUUAUUAUGAAUUUGAGGGAACCUGGAAAGUGGGCAGUACGGCUGGCGGCUGCAGUAACAACAAAGAACUUUUUAGCACAAACCCACAGUUUGUUGUGAAGCUGGACAUAGACAGUAAUAAAGAUCAGAAGUGCUCGGUUCUCGUGACUCUGAUGCAGAAAAAUUACCGCCAAUUCAAGCAAAAAGGAACUGAGAGCAACUCCAUCGGUGUGGUGAUCUACAAGCUUCCAGAGAAGUAUAAAGGUCGUUCCGAUGUCCGUCUGAGUUAUGAUGAUCUGAAGACUUUGAGUCGUGUGGGAAUGACAAAGUUCAGCUAUGACCGUGAGGUGUGUGGACGCUUUAAACUGAGCCUUGGAGAGUACGUCCUCAUCCCCUGCACCUUCAACCCCAACCAAGAGGGUAGCUUCCUGCUGCGUGUGUUUUCUGAGAAGUAG